UAGAGAGUAAACAAACACGAAAGACAAGAAAACAGUUUCCUUACUUUCCUCUCGUGUUUCAGCUCAUUUCUCGAUCUCUCUCUCCGGUUACAGUAGGGCUUCUUCUUCUUCUUCUUCUUCUUCUAUCUGACGCUCUCUUCUCUCUCUCUCUCUCUCUCUCAUCUUCGAUUCUUCGCGGCGCACGAUAACCACCGCCGUCCUUAACUUACGCCCCCCCGGAGGGUUAGAGGGAGACUCUAGGGUUUGUUUUGAUUGGAUCACUGAUAUAUAUAUUUUUUAUACUGUAAGAUCUGUGAGAAGGAAUAGUAAUCAGCGAGUCCAUUAUUUGUUGGUGGAGGUGAAAACUAGGGUUAGGGUUUUUGAUGCUUUUGGCGGGGAUCAGAAUCCGCCAAACGGGUUACGUUUCGGGUCGGACCGUGAGAUGGCCAAUCCCGGAGUCGGUACCAAGUUUGUGUCUGUGAAUCUGAACAAAUCGUAUGGGCAAAACCCUCACAAUCGUCAUCACCACAACCAUCACUCGUCUAAUGGGAGCUUGUAUGGAUCGAAUCGGACGAGACCCGGUGGACAUGUCGUCGGCGGCGGUGGUGGAGGAGGAGGAGGAGGAGGAAUGGUGGUCCUUUCUAGGCCUCGAAGCUCGCAGAAGGUUGGGCCGAAGCUUUCUGUUCCACCCCCCUUGAACUUGCCCUCCUUGCGAAAAGAACACGAGAGAUUUGAUCCGUUGGGAUCAGGGGGAGGGCCUGCCAAUGGGGUUUCGGGAAGUGGGCCGAGGCCAAGUUCGUCUGGGGUGGGGUGGACGAAGCCCGGCACGAUUGCUUUGCAAGAGAAAGAAGUGUCAAGUGAUCAUGGGAAUGGAACUGAUGGAAUUGACCAGGGUUUGCUUAAUGUUGACGGGGCAAGUAAGGGGAGCAGUGUUUAUUUGCCGCCUUCAGCUAGGUCAGGUAUGGUGGGACCCUCUGCUUCUGCUUCAGCUCGAGCUCAACCACCAGUGGUGGAGAAAGCUGUGGUUUUGAGGGGUGAGGAUUUUCCUUCUUUGCAGGCUUCUUUGCCUUCCACGGUAGGGCCUGUGCAGAAGCAAAAAGAUGGAUUGAAUCAGAAACAGAAGCAAGUAGUUGGCGAGGAGUCUCCCAUUGAAGAGAGUGAUGGUUCGCGUUUGAGCUCUCUUGUUGAUAUGCGGCCUCAAAUGCAGUCGUCCCGUUAUGCUGUUGGCAAUGGUUUGAUUGGUAAUGGUGGUGAAAGUCACAGUUUCAGUGGUUCUCGGACAUUGGAGCAGGCCCGGAAGAAGGAAGAGUAUUUUCCAGGUCCACUGCCACUUGUUCGGUUGAAUCCUAGAUCAGAUUGGGCUGAUGAUGAGCGUGACACGAGUUUUGGUUUAAUAGAACGGGGCAGAGACCAUGGGUUUUCUAAGAGCGAAGCUUAUUGGGAAAGAGAUUUUGAUAUGCCCAGGGUUAGUGUUUUACCACACAAGCCGGUUCAUAAUCAUUUUGACAGGUGGGGUCAGCGGGACAAUGAAGCUGGAAAGGUUUCUUCCAGUGAAGUCCCUAAAGUGGACUCUUAUGGCAGAGAUUCUAGAAUGCCUAGUGGAGAAGGGCGAGAAGGAAACUCAUGGAGAAAUGGCCCUCUUCCAAAAGAUGGAGUUGGUGUUUCAGAAGUUGAAAGUGAUAGAAAUGGUAUCCGUGCAAGGUCGUCUAGCCUACAUAGAGAAACAAUAAAGGAGAAUAAGUACAGUCCAUCGCCAUUUCGUGAAAAUACUAAUGAUGAUAUUGGAAGGAGAGAUAUCGGUUAUGGACAGGGAGGCAGACAACCAUGGAGCAACACAGCAGAUCUAUAUAGCAGCCGGGGGGCUGAAAGGAAUACACGAGAUCGGUACAGCAACGAACAACACAACAGAUACAGGGGUGAUGCUUUGCUGAAUAACUCAGCAUCAAAAUCCUCAUAUUCUUUGGGUGGUAAAGGGCUUCCUGUUAAUGAUCCGCUACUCAAUUUUGGUAGGGAGAAACGUUCAUUCUCAAAGAGUGAAAAACCAUAUUUAGAAGACUUUGGAGCUACUGGUUAUGAUGGAGGGGAUCCCUUCUCUGGGGGCCUUGUUGGGGUGGUUAAGAGGAAGAAAGAUGUGCCUAAACAGACUGAUUUUCAUGAUCCUGUUAGGGAAUCUUUUGAGGCUGAACUUGAGAGAGUUCAGAAGAUGCAAGAAGAGGAGAGGCAGCGCAUCAUUGAAGAGCAAGAAAGAACUUUGGAGCUAGCUCGAAGAGAAGAGGAGGAGAGAGUGCGGUUGGCUAGGGAACAGGAAGAAAGGCAGAGAAGAUUGGAAGAGGAAGCCAGAGAGGCAGCAUGGAGAGCAGAACAAGAACAGGUGGAAGCUUUGCAAAGAGCUGAAGAACUGAGGAUAGCUAGGGAAGAGGAGAAACGAAGGAUUCAAAUGGAGGAAGAGAGGAGAAAACAGGCUGCUAAGCAAAAGCUCUUAGAAUUGGAGGAAAGGAUGGCAAAGAGACAGUCUGAAGUAUCGAAGGUGGGUAGCAAUUCUCCAACUGCUGCAGAUGAGAAAAUGUCUGGCAUGUUAAAAGAGAAAGAUGCCUCUAGGGUGGCAGACUUGGGUGAUUGGGAAGAUGGUGAAAGAAUGGUGGAGAGGAUCACCACUUCAGCAUCUUCUGAUUCAUCCACUCUUAAUAGGUCCUUUGAGGUUGGUUCUAGGCCUCACUUUUCUGGUGAUUCUUCCACCUUUAUGGACAGAGGAAAACCUGUUAAUUCAUGGAGAAGAGAUGUGUAUGAGAAUGGGAGCAGCCCAAACUUCCUUAUCCAAGACCAGGAGAAUGGUCACCAUAGUCCCAGGAGAGAUGCAUCUGUUGGUCGGAGAUCAUUUUCUAGAAAAGAGUUCUAUGGAGGAGCUGGGCUUAUGUCUUCUAGGACUAAUCAUAGAGGUGGUGUUCCAGAGCCUCAUGUGGAUGAUUUCUCUCAUCUGAGAGGGCAGAGGUGGAACCUUUCUGGGGAUGGGGAUCAUUAUGGAAGAAACACAGAGGUUGACUCUGAAUAUCAAGAGAAUCUUGUUGAAAAAUUUGGUGAUGUUGGAUGGGGCCAAGGUCGUCUUCGUGGUAACCCUUAUCCUCAAUAUUCUGAACGAUUGUAUCCAAAUGCUGAGGCAGAUGGGCCUUAUUCCUUUGGGAGGUCAAGGUAUUCCAUGAGGCAGCCUCGUGUUCUUCCCCCUCCAUCACUAGCUCCUGUGCACAAGACCACCUACAGGGUUGAGAAUGAACGUCCCGGUCCUUCUACUUUUCUGGAAGAUGAGAUGCAGUACAAUCAUGCAGCACGAAGUGAACCUAACAUGCAGAUUGGGUAUAGUGAUGGUUGUCAAGAGAAUCUUGGACAGCCUGAAUUAAUUAAUGUUCAGCAACAGAAUACUGAGAACCAGGAGCAAAAGCUGGAUGAUAACGCUACACUGAGGUGUGAUUCACAGUCUUCACUCUCUGUUUCAAGCCCUCCUAAUUCUCCAACUCAUCUGUCUCAUGAUGAUUUGGAUGAAUCUGGAGAUUCUGCAGUGGUAUCAGCUGCUGGAGAAGGCAAAGAUGUUUCUCUGUCAGAACAGGAGAGUGAGCCUGUUGCCUUACCCACCAAAGCUGAGAAUGAGAAUAUGAUGAUUGCCUCAAGUGCUGGUUCUACAGGUGAUGAUGAAGAAUGGACCAUAGAGAAUGAUGAACAUUUGCAGGAGCAAGAAGAAUAUGAUGAGGAUGAAGAUGGAUACCAGGAGGAAGAUGAAGUACAUGAAGGAGAUGAUGAUAAUAUUGACCUGGACCCGAAGUUUGAAGAUAUGCAUCUUGAGGAGAAAGGGUCAUCUCACAUGAUGGAAAAUUUGGUUUUAGGCUUCAAUGAGGGUGUUGAAGUUGGGAUGCCAAAUGAUGAGUUUGAAAAAACUUCUAGGAAUGAAGAAAGUGUUUUUGUAAUACCACAGAGAUCCACGGGCUCUGUUGAAGAAUCUGGAUCUUUUGAUGGAAGUUGCUGUGAUAGACUAGCCCUUCAACCUGUGGAUGUUAAUCCUCCAGUGAGCAUUGAUGAUUCUUCCAGAAUGUUCCAGGAAACUGAGAAGGCAAUGCAGGAUUUGGUUAUUCAGCCAAAUAAUGCACCUCAUUCGUCAGCAGCAUCUGAGAUUAUAGAUGAUGUGGCGGCUUCUAGUAGCUCUGGUAUGUCUGCUCACCAUCCUGCCCCUUCUUCAAUCAAGUUGGCCUCACAUUCUUCGUCUGGUCAGACUGUCAUGUCUACUGUACCUGCUGUAUCGGGUCAAGCUGAGGUGCCUGUUAAACUUCAAUUUGGGCUGUUUUCUGGUCCUUCCCUGAUACCAUCUCCUGUUCCAGCCAUACAGAUUGGCUCAAUUCAGAUGCCUCUUCAUCUGCAUCCGCAGGUUGGCACAUCCCUUACCCACAUGCACCCAUCUCAGCCUCCUAUCUUCCAGUUUGGUCAGCUUAGGUAUACAUCUCCUAUAUCUCAGGGAGUACUGCCAUUGGCUCCUCAAUCCAUGUCAUUUGUUCCACCCAAUGUUCCAGCCAAUUUUCCUGUAAAUCAAAACCCAGGAGGUUCUCUGCCAAUUCAACCUGUUCAAGACACUUCUGUUUAUAAUCUUAUGAAGAAUGAUGCUACAUCUCUUUCGAUGGAUAACCAACCAGGUCUUGUUUCAAGGCACUUAGAUCUAUCCCAAGGGAGUUUAUCAAAAGCGGGAAAUUCGUUGCCUGCAAGAGAAAAUUAUGGAAACACUGGUAAGAUGCAGCAGGGUCAAGCAGAGACUUCUCAUUUUGGUGAUAAUCACAAUGCUAGGUCUGAAUCAAGUUAUCAGGUGGAAGAUCAAGGGCAUCAUAAUUCUGUUGUGAAGAAUUAUAAUUCCUUAUCCAACAGGAGAGAAUUAGAAAGGCAGCCUCAACAUUGGACAGCGUCAUCUCAGCUAAAAGAAAAAGAUUUAAGUGGGUCAAAGCCUCAAGGACCAAUUUCUGGUGGCAGAGGGAAAAGAUAUGUCUUCACUGUGAAAAAUUCUGGCUCAAAUCCACCUCCUGAUGCUUCUCGCACAGACUCUGGUGGAUUCCAAAGGAGGCCCCGACGUAAUAUUCCCCGCACUGAGUUUCGAGUUCGAGAAAGUGCUGAUAAGCGGCAAUCAACUGCUUUGGUUUCAUCUAACCACAUUGGGAUGGAUGAGAAGUCGAAUACCAAUGGAAAGGGUACAGAAAUCUCAACUAGAAGUGUAUCUAGGAAGGCUGUUGGGCCAAAUAAGCAAUUGAAACAGACACUAGUAUCAGAAAGCUUGAGCUCAGGUCCAUCUAGUUCACGGGAUAUGGAUUCUGGAAGCAGAGCUGAUAAGGGAUCGGGAAAGGAAGCCUUGACAAAAAGUCAGAACAUCCUACACUCAGGAGAGGGAAACCUUAAAAGGAAUAUUUGUUCUGAAGAGGAUGUUGAUGCUUCUUUGCAAAGUGGCAUUGUGCGUGUUUUUGAGCAACCUGGCAUAGAAGCUCCUAGUGAUGAAGAUGACUUCAUUGAGGUGAGGUCAAAGAGGCAAAUGCUGAAUGACCGGCGUGAACAAAGAGAGAAAGAAAUCAAGGCGAAGUCUCGGGGCUUGAAGAUGCUGCGUAAACCUCGUUCUACUUCACAGAGCACAAUUGUCCCAGCCAAAUCAAGUAAAAUUUCUGCAUCAAUAAGUGGAGAAGCAUCAAAGAGCCUUCGGCCUGACUUUGUUUCCUCUGAGGGACGUGGCUUAGCAAACAUUGAGGUAUCAGCUGGAUAUAACACUGCCAUAGUCUCACAACCAUUGGCUCCAAUUGGGACUCCUGCUGUGAAAACUGAUUCCCAAGCUGAAAUGAGAUCCCAGUCUAUCAGGCCCCUACAAACUAGCUCCAUUCCUGUAGUAAAUGGUGGUGGAAAAAGCAUUGGACCAGGACUGAUAUUUGAGAACAAAAAUAAGGUCCCUGAUAAUGUUCAAACAGCAUCUUUGGGGUCUUGGGGUAAUUCACGGAUUAAUCAACAGGUUAUGACCCUAACACAGACCCAACUUGAUGAGGCUAUGAAACCUGAACAAUUUGAUUCUCAUGCUUCUGUUGGAGAUCAUAAUAGCUCGGUUAGUGAGCCCACUAUGCCGUCAUCAUCCAUCUUGACAAAGGACAAGUCAUUUUCUUCUGCUGCGAGCCCAAUCAAUUCCCUGCUUGCUGGGGAGAAAAUCCAAUUUGGUGCAGUCACAUCUCCAACAAUUCUCCCUCCUAGCAGCCGUGCUGUUUCCCUUGGGAUUGGUCCUCCGGGUCCAUGUCGGUCAGACAUCCAAAUUCCUCACAAUCUUCCUGGAGCUGAGAAUGAUUGUAGUCUUUUCUUUGAAAAAGAGAAACAUACCCCUGAAUCAUGUGCUCACUUAGAGGAUUGUGAAGCUGAAGCUGAAGCAGCUGCUUCAGCUGUUGCUGUUGCAGCCAUCAGUAAUGAUGAGAUCGUUGGAAAUGGACUGGGCACUUGCUCUACCUCUGUGCCUGAUACCAAAAAUUUCGGACCAGAUAUUGAUGGCAUAGCAGCAGGAGGGGAGCAGCAAUUAGCAAGUCAAUCAAGGGCUGAAGAGUCUCUAAGUGUUGCUCUUCCUGCUGAUCUCUCUGUCGAGACACCACCAAUUUCCUUGUGGCCACCCUUACCAAGCCCACAGAAUUCCUCAAGUCAGAUGUUUUCACAUUUUCCCGGAGGACCACCUUCUCAUUUUCCCUUUUAUGAGAUGAACCAUAUGCUAGGGGGUCCUAUCUUUGCUGCUUUUGGACCACAUGAUGAAUCUUCAUCUACCACUCAAUCACAGUCCCAGAAGAGUAAUGCAUCAGCUACAGGGCCACUUGGGACCUGGCAACAAUGCCAUUCUGGUGUAGAUUCAUUCUAUGGUCCCCCAGCAGGAUUUACUGGCCCCUUCAUCAGUCCUGGAGGCAUACCAGGGGUUCAAGGCCCUCCACACAUGUUUGUCUAUAACCAUUUUGCACCAGUUGGCCAAUUUGGACAAGUUGGCAUGAGUUUCAUGGGUGCCACGUAUAUCCCAUCUGGCAAGCAACCUGACUGGAAGCACAAUCCUACAUCGUCUGGUAUGAGUGUGGGUGAGGGGGACAUAAACAAUUUGAAUAUGGCUUCUGCACAGCGCAAUCCUUCCAACAUGCCAGCUCCAAUCCAGCAUCUUGCCCCUGGGUCACCUCUCCUGCCAAUGCCUUCUCCGAUGGCCAUGUUUGAUGUUUCUCCUUUUCAGUUUGGUGAAAAUCACUGUGCCCAGUCUUCUCCGGACUUGUCAGUCCAAGCUCGUUGGCAGCGCAUUCCUGCUUCUUCUCUUCAGUCUGUUCCUCCAAUAAUGCCAUUGCAAAAACCGGUAGAAGGUGUACCUACUUCUCAAUUUAACCAUGGGCUUCCUGUUAACCAGACCUUCACUGCAAAUAGAUUCCAUGACUCUAGAACUUCAACACCAUCUGACAGCAACCGAAAUUUCCCUGUGGCAACUGAUGCAACUGUCACCCAAUUGCCAGAUGAACUAGGGUUAGUAGACCCAUCAAGCUCCACUAGCACUGGGGCCCCAGCACAGGCUGUGGUCACUCAUAGCUCAUCUAUAAGCACCAUGGCAGAUGCUGGCAAGACUGAUGUUCAGCCUGGCAGUGGCAGCAACAGCAGUGGCCAGAACACAAGCUCCACUUAUAAGUCUCAGUCGUCUCACCACAAGAAUACGUCUGCCCACCCAUACAGUCAUUCCUCAGGGUACAAUUAUCAAAGAGGUGGGGUUUCUCAGAAGAAUAGUUCAGGGACAGAAUGGUCACAUCGCCGAAUGGGGUUUCAAGGAAGGAACCAGUCUUUGGGUCCAGAAAAAAGCUUUCCGUCCUCGAAGAUGAAGCAAAUUUAUGUGGCUAAACAGACUACAAGUGGGACAUCAACAAUGUCAUGAGCAUAAAAGAUUUGAAGCAUUUCUCAGAAUGAAAAUUUUGAUUUACUUUUUUCAGCAACUAUUGUAUUGGUAGCGUCCAAUUAGUGUUGAGAUGUGGCUUUUUGUUCACUAGAAUCUAUAGAUCUAUAUGGUGGUUUUCCAAUUGAAGGUUGCAGAACUGGGUGGUAAAUACCUAGUUUUAAACUUGUAGGUGUUUCAGUUAGGACGGGAUAAGUACAGUGUUGUAUUUGUUGAUAGGCACUGUUAGCAGCUUGGUUCCUAACAGUAAGUCAUGCUCCAUCAUGUAUGUUGGCUGCAAACCACAUUAUCAAUAUCUUGGGAUUGAUGUAUUAAAUUUUUAUUAAUGAUCCAAUGUAAUACUUUUUGUUUGUUAGUAAUGAUAAACUCAGGCUAUUUUGGGAGGCUUGCCUCCCAUUGAUUUUCCUUUCA